AUGUCAGGAUCCAAGCAACCUAUCGAGAUUAUCGAGCUCUCUGACGACUCGGACGACGGCCAAGAAACACCGCUAGCCACCAAGAUUGCACAAGAGGAUAAGGCGAAGCUUCAAAAAGAGCUCGCCGACGCAAAGAGAGAUCUCCAGACUGUCAAUUCGACAGCCGCCCAGGCAGACACCUCGCAUGAAGAGAUCGCUCGUAUUCUGAAUCAAGAACUGACAGACGUGACGGCGGCCUUGAACGAGGCUCAUCAGGUCAAUGCACGACUCAAAGAGACGUUUAUGGCACUUUGGAAAUCUUGCGAAUGCGCCGUAUGCUUUGAGCCCAUCUGGUCGCCGAUGGUGUAUCUCUGUGGUCAUAUUAUAUGUCAAAACUGCAGUCGUGUUGCGACCUGUGCACAUUGUCGAGCACCGACGCGGGGCGUGGCCAUCAAGCUCUUUGCUUUCCACGACAUUGUUCGAACGCUUGCCCCACUGGCUGCCCCCGGAGAAGCGAGUCCUCAACGUUCACGCUAA